AUGCCCAGGAUUAUUGAAAAAUCUUUCGAUAUUACUAAAUGUCAAAGACUUUCUCAAUUAAACGAGAAAAUAAUUAAGCAAUACGAAAGAAAAACUGGAGCAAGAAUUAUUGUUCAUACCGGACAAAUUACAACUUUGACAAUCUCUGGAAAUUCAUCUCAAUUUAUAGAAGCCAAAGUUUUGAUGAGAGAUUUGCUUGACAAGACUUCUUUUAUUCCAGCAGUUUGUUACUUCAUUUUAGCAGAUCCAGUUUCAGAUAGCAAGCUUAAAUUCGUUGAAUUUAAUGAGAAAAUUGUAGAAAUUAACGAUGAUGAUGGUGAUGAUGAUGGUGGUGGUGACGAUUCAUUAGAUGAAUCAAAAAGAAUAACUUACUAUUCCAUUGAAUUUCUACAAGAUUAUGAGGCUGAUGAUAAUAAUUAUGCUAACAGGUCUGAGAAUUUCUUAGAUCUAAUUACUCCAUGUAAAUUCAACACCUUCAAUAAACUUAAUUAUUGCUUGGAAAGAUUAUCUUUAAAAAUGAAAACAACUAUUAAAAGAAGUCUUGCAUUCCCAGACGACCAAAUCAUUUUUAAACCUAAAAUAAUCUUUGGUAAACUUCUAUUUUAUGGUAUUACAAGUCCAGAAGAUCCUUUUGUUUUACAAGAAUGGUAUAGGUUUAAUGCCUUAUCAAGAAUUAUCAAUGAAAUUAUUGACGAUUACUCUCGCGAUGAUGAUAAAUUAUACGGUGGUAAAAUGAUCUAUAAUGAAUUUCGACAAGGUUCCCUUCUAAUUAAGGAAAAGUUUAAAAUACUUCAACAAAAAUUUGGAUUCAAGUUGGACAGUGAACAAAAUAUAAACAAGGGGAAAGUAACCAUCUUUUAUGUUCCUGCAGAAUUUAAAAAGAGAAGAAUUUCAUUGCGUUUGAGUGAACAAGAAAAUGAAUGGAAAGUCGCUAUCCACGCUCAUAGUCUUAACCGUCUAGCGAGCAUUGAUAUUAUCUCUGGAUCAAAAGAACCUGAUUUUAGACUUUCACUUAAAUCUUUUUACGACCUUCCUUCUGAGGGUUCUGGAAUUGAAAAGACGGUUAAUGACGUUCAAUCUCGAAUUUCCGGCGAAAGGAAUGGCAUGUGGUUUCAAUCAAAAGAUUUUGCCGGCACUACAAUUAAACGAGCAGUAGUUCGACAAUUCAUUGAAAAGAAACGUUACAAGAAUGAAAAAUACUCCAUUACAUUCUCAAAGGUCAAACAAGAAGAAAGAGGCAAUAUCACCUUUCAAAACAUUGUCGCUUUGAAACACCGUUAUUGGGGUCAGACAAUUAGCUUAGAUAAUGUUGAUGAAUUUAUGAGGAGUAUUACUGAAACUUUUCAUGAUGUUCGAAAAAUGAUGAAUGCUUUAGUUUGA